GAACGAAACUUGCCUUGAAACUGCACUUUUCGUAAAGAAUUUUCUCCAAAACACUCCGAUUUCAACCAAAUGCAACCAUGGAUGAGCGACCAACGGUCAAGGAAUCCCUUCGGAAAAUCUUUGUUGGUGGAUUGAACCGCAAGACUGAUGAAGCAUCUCUGUCAGGCUACUUCAGCCGAUUUGGUGAAGUUGUUGAUUGUGUUGUCAUCAGAGACAAGGAUGACAGAUCCAAAGGAUUUGGUUUCGUUAUUUUCAAAGAUGCAGAAAGCGUUGAUGAAGUGCAAAAGCUGGAGAACGGCCAUUUUAUAGACAGCAAGGAGGUCGAGACAAGAAGAGCAGUUCAGAGAAAGGGAAAGCAGGAUAAGGAAACCAUUAAGGUGGAGGCAAAUUACCCCACAAAGAAAAUAUUCCUGGGCGGAAUUAAAUAUGAUGUAGAAGAGAAGGAUUUGAUAGAUUACUUCAGCCGUUAUGCUGGUGUGAAGAGUGCAGAGGUUAUCCGCGACAAGGAAGGCAACAGUCGUGGAUUUGCGUAUGUUGUGUUAGACAGCCAGGAUGCGGCAGAUAAAGUUUGCAUUGAGAAAGACCAUGUGAUCAAAGGGCGUGAAUGCGAGGCAAAGAAAAGUUUAUCCAAGAAUGAACUUUUAAGACAUAAAGAUCAAGAUGGUACCAGUCGUGGUGGUAGUGGUGGAGGAGGUAGUAACUAUGCCGACAAUGGCAACAACCAAAAUCAGCAAGGUCAAGGUCCAGGUCAAAACUGGAACCAAGGUCAAGGUCAGAACUGGAACCAGGGUCAAGUUCCCUCAGGCCCCCAAGGUCAAGGUCAGGGCCCUCCUGGGGGCUGGAACCAAGGUGGCCCACAGGGAAAUUGGUACGGCGGUCCCAGCGGUGGUCCUGGAAACAAUUGGAAUCAAGGUCAAUGGGGUCAAGGCGGACCUCCGGUUGGGAACUGGAACCAGAAUGGUCCGUGGAACAACUGGAACCAAGGACCACCUGGUGGUGGUGGGGGAAGUUGGAACCAAGGACCCUAUAAUUGGAGUGGAGGUGGCUCUGGAAAUUGGCAAGGUGGUGGCCCACCACAAGCUGCCCCAGACCAGGGAGGUGGGCAGGUGGCAGAUGCUAAUGCUGCACCACCUGCUAGUCAGACCGAUCAGAAGCCAGCGGGAAAUGGACCCUGGAAUCAGCAAGGCGGACAAUGGAACCAGGGCUCUGGUGGUCCUGGUUGGCAAGGCCAAUGGGGGCCGGGAAACUGGGGUCCAGGAAACCAGCAAGGCAAUUGGGGUAAUGGUCCGUGGGGAGGUUGGAAUCAAGGCAACUGGUCUGGGCCACCUGGAGGGAACUGGGGUCCAAAUGGCCCGCCAGGAAAUUGGAAUCCACAAGGCGGGGGUCCCGGUGGGAAUAAUCAGUGGGCUGGGAGCAGUGCACCCCAAGUGAACAGUGGACAAACUCAACCUAAUCCAAGUGCAGCUCAAGGUCCUGGUAAUUGGAACCAGGGUCAAGGGAGCUGGACGCAAGGCCCUGGUGGGAAUUGGAAUUGGAAUCAAGGACCGGGGAAUCGUGGCGGACCAAAUGGCACUGUACCCCAGGCUGCACCAGGCGCCUGGAACCAAGGCGGGACAGAGCAAAAACCACCUGAGGCGAGUUACAGUCAACCCCCUCAACAACAGAAUCAAGCACCAAAGGAAGGCUAUGGGGACCAGUCAAGUGCGGGAGGGCCCAUGAGGCAGAAGCAGCAGCGAACUCAUCGGAAUUCAGGGCCAUAUUCUGAAUAUGCUCAGUCUGGUUCAAACUGAAGGUGACAAGUCUAAAAUGUAGGUACACAUUUAGGAGGUACCCAUUCCACGUCAAGUAAACAGUUCACCACAGCGUAGGUAGCGUUAGCGUAGGAGGUGGAGUUGUAACAGCGCUAGUUAGCUAAUCACAGAGUGCAAAUUCAGGAAAGAAGGUUAGCGAUGGUUAGGACAGUACUGCUAUUCAAUCACAAUGUAAUUUGGAUAGCUAGCUAUGAAUUAGAAGAAGCUUUGAACAGAUGUACAUUUGUAUUGUGAUCAUACCAUAGUUCAGAACCAAGGAUAUUUUGUUCAUGCUUCAGUAUGUUGGGUUUGGUGCUUUCAUCUUUGUUGCCAGAUGUCAUGCAUUGUGGACAUUUCAUGGGGGAUAAUUUGCCUUGUGCAUCAAAUAGCUUCACCUUCUGCCACCACCUUUCAAGCUGAUGCCUCGGUUAUGGUUUGUUUGUGCUUGACGAUGUUAUCAAGCAGCAGACGACGAACGUGUGGAGUAGCGCUACAUACAGAUGGUUUCUUUCAAUUUAAUACUUGUAAGGCUGUAGAAUUUGUUUUCUACUUUUUUCUACAGUGUUAAAUUUUAUACUAUUAUUUCUACUGUCAGUGUUUUUAUUUGAAACUAUGCCAGUUUUAGGUUGAAUCAGCACUCAUUCAGUCUUACGUGUAUGCAUUUAAAGUUAGAAGAUAGGUAGAAACCAUGAUUAUUUUCUUGUGAAGUCAAUAUUCCGUUAGCGGUGGGAGUUUUCCCCUGAAAAAUGGUAUGAAGAAUGGAUCAAGUCACUUGCACUUGAGAGGUUAACUGAGAUUCAACCUCGAAACUCUUGAGCCUGAUUAAACAAUACUAGUAUCAAUGUCUCAAACUUCUGCCACAGGAUGUUCAUAUAUUUUAUUCAACAAACAAUUGUUUAACACUUCGAGUACAUUUUACCUAAUCACGUCAAUGCUAUUCAAGGCAUUGACCGUUCUAUAUGCGAUGUGAUUUUUGUGGAAAUGGCACGCAUACACAAAAACUAGAUUUGAUCUCUCUGUUCUGACAUUCAUUUGUUGUUUGUUCUAUUUAUUUAAAUCAUCUUUAGUGUCUAUUUUAGUUCAUUGUUUUACAUGUACUGUGUAGCUAAGGUUAUUUGGCUGUAUACCAAGUGUAUGUAUGACGGCACUAAUGUUCAUAAAAUGUUUCAUAAACUUCAGUCUCUGUAGGGUUUGGUUAGUGCCUGUAGGUAAUGUCAGUUGAGAUUGUUUUCUGGUACCUAAUGUGGGUCAACAUGUAGAGCUAUAGCACUUUUCCUAGACAUGUAGAGAACCUAUUCAAAAUCCUGAUCACAACAAAAAGUAAUGUCAGUGGUAAUUUUAAUUUCAACACAUGUUCAUUUCGCAAACAGCUGCUUAAGUUUUGAACAGUGAAUUUAACCAUUUCACCACAUUUGCAGUCGAAUGCAUCUUAUCUGGGGCUCCUUUGAUAUGUUAUUGGUGGCUCAUGAAGUCAUUAGACAACAAAUGCUGCCUGUCUUAGCGAAAAAAACCGGCACUAUAAAUGCUCUGCAGUGAAGUGGUUAUUGUAGCUCCAUGGUCCAUGGACUAUCGUUUUCCCUUUCAGUAAAAUAUUUGGUUUAACCUACUUGUAACUCCAUUUAUUAUGUUGUUGAUCUAGAUUCUCAGGUUUAAUUUGCUCUUAUCUGGUACAUUAUGCAUCGAUAUUGUAGGCAAUAACUGUUCUGUUUUAGGGUGAAGAAGCUUGUUUAAUCUGUGUAGUAUCACAGAUGUUUUGCACUGUACAUGUAUGUACAGUGCAAACCACUGUACAUGUAUGUACAGUGCAAACCACUGUACAUGUAUGUACAGUGCAAAACACUGUACAUGUAUUUACAGUGCAAAACACUGUACAUAUAUGUACAGUGCAAAACACUGUACAUGUAUGUACAGUGCAAAACACUGUACAUGUAUGUAUGCUAUACAUCCCUUGUACUUCUGAACUGACAUUUUGUGAAGUACAGUUUGACCCUACGACAGAAAUUACUGUAGGUUUUAAUGUGGGUUUUAUAUAGGUCAAUAUUGUUUAAGAAGGUUUUUAGUCGUAGAUUGACAUAAAUGAUCAGGUUUCGAAUAUUCCCUUGAAAACUGUGAUCUUGAUAGAUUGUUCAAAUCUGUCAGGAUUUUUAUUAUUUUAUACUCAGACCUGUACGACAUUCUUUGUGCAGUUUUAUGCAUAUCUGUGUGAAAGUCUACAAAGCCUAAGGUUAAUGAGGACGUUUUGUUUAAGACGGUGGUCGACGUGGGUAAUGAGGGGUUUUAUAAAAAGAAUUAUGAGAAAUUUGUCGACAUGUUGAAAAUAUGUGCAGAGUGGUCAGGAUGAAAUCACCAAUGUUGAUGAACCGUAAUGACGAGAUCACACUGCAGACAACCAUUUCAAAUUUUUAAGAUUCGGCACUGGACAUGAAUUGAAUUUUUUUAAGUAACAGAAAGAUUAGAUAAAUGGAUUAUGAGACUUGUCUGGAGGGUCAUCAGCCAUGUGAUCUGAAAUGCUCACCAAUCUUCACUGAUUUCAUGAUCUCUUCCCUUCAACACAUUUGUAAUAUCAGUACAUGAUUAAAGUGUACAAGUCACAUGCAUGCAUCUGUACGUUUUUCAUUUGUAUGCAUAUAUGUGGUGUAUGUACAUGUACUUCACAUGUGGAUUUGAUAAUAAAAUGGUGAAUGAGA